AGACGACAUAAUUUUCUUUAAGUCAUGAAUAAUAUUUAUGAAUUAUCUUUUUUGAGGUUUAUUAUGAAAACUAUCUGAUCUCAGAACAACUUAAAUAAAACCCAAGUGGAUUGCGGUUGGGUAGCAAGCAGGAUAUGGUCACCGCUGUUCGCGAUCGUUCAGAUGAAAGUGAUCUGUGUCAAUUAAUAUCUCCUGCAUAUCGACUAGAGGACUUCUUGAGGGUAAUUAAGCAAUUUUGAUUAUUACCCGAUGAUAAAAAGACGAAACAAAUGACAUUUUAAUUUUUUGCGAUAAUAUUCUUGAUAUUAACACGGAUUUUUCCUGAGGCUAUUUAAGGAAUACUUUAAUGGCAUGAUCAGUUAACGAGAUAAAGAAUUUAAUUACUGGUUUAUCUUGAAGAAAAUAUUUGAGAAAGUUUUAAAACGAAUUAAGAUCGUUAUCACUGAAAAAUCUUAGGAACAUGUAUGUCUACCAGGGUGUGAAACGGACUAAAACCUGGCGACAUAUCCCGUAACUGUUAAAAAAAUUCUCUACCUGGGAGCUUAACUUAAUUAGGAAGCAGUUGAUAUUUUUACGAACCAAAAGGGAUAAUUUACUUCUUAAUUUACAUCUUUAAGUAUAUAGUUUACGUGGUGUGUUUUUGUAACUUUAUUACAAGAAAGUAAUUUUGGCCGUAUAGAAUGAUCGUGGACUACCGGAAAGUUCCGAUGUGUAAUUUUGACUAUGCUUAUUUUGACGAUUAAUUACAGAAAUUAUCGGUGUUUUGUGAUUUCGUGGAUACUACAUAUACUGACAUUUUUAUUUUCACCUGUCAGGCCCCAAUUAGUCGGUACCAUAUCUCUGUGUGAGAACGAAGGGGAAGAUAUUUACAUCGAAGGAAUAACUGGACCGUGUAUUCGUUGUUUUUGUAAGAACGGUGAAGUUCGGUGUGAGCGAGAAGUGUGUCAGAGUUUAGAAGGUUGUUACAUGAUAUUGUUCGAUAAUCCGUGGCAGAAGAACCAGUGUUGUGAGGUCUGUAAACGUUGUCAGUACCAGGGAAAAGCAUUUGAUAGUGGACAGUCCUGGGUAGAGGCUGAUGAUCCUUGUGUUACAUUGCACUGCAGGGCUGGAGUUAUAACUAGAUCAGAAAUGAAGUGCUAUACCCCAUGCAUGGACCCUGUGACCACGCCUGGGCUGUGCUGUGGCUCUUGUAAAGGAUGUAAUUUCCAAGGGAAACAACUCAGUGAUGGAGAGUCUUUCACGUUAAAUUCAGAUCCAUGUACAAAGUGCUUAUGUCAGAGAGGAAGUAUAGUAUGUCAAAAGCAAGCUUGUCCCGUUUUAAACUGUCCAGCUAAUGUUAUAUAUACUCCAAACGGAUCAUGCUGUGCUGUUUGUUCAGGAGAAAGAAGAAUAUUUAAUUUACCUGGUGGGAGGUGCUUCUUUCAAAAUAAAAUUUACAAAACAGGACAGCUAUUUAUGCCAGGGAACUGCACAAAAUGUACAUGUAUGGAAGGAACUGCUAUUUGUGAGAGAGAAUCUUGCCCACCUUUGACAUGUUCCCUGGACAGAGCAUUUCAACCAAAAGAUUCCUGUUGUAAAAUUUGUCCUAGUAAAGAUCCAUGUGAAUACAAGGGUACAUAUAAACAGGAUGGACAAAAGUGGCAACCUCAUAUAUGUAUGUCAUGUUACUGUGAUGAUGGUGCUACCAGGUGUCGCAUGGAAAACUGUAAAAAUACUCUUUGGUGUCCAAUGGGCUAUAAAUUACAAUAUGUGAAAGAAGAAUGCUGUCCACGGUGCAUAGAAGUUGAGGGUGUUUGCACUGUGUAUGGCGAUCCUCAUUACCGAACAUUCGAUGGAAAGAUUUUUAAUUUCCAAGGACCAUGUAAAUACCUCUUGGCAGAAGAUGAAUCGGGUAAAUCAUUUGCUAUACGGGUCAGGAACGAGGCGAGAACAUCGCCGUGGUUCACGUGGACUAAAAUGUUAUCCAUUUUUAUAUCAGGACAUAAAGUAGGACUUCAUCAAAAACGGGUAGUAAAAGUAAACAGGAAAAGGGUGCGACUUCCGUUUACUAAAUUGCCUCAUUUUAAACUUUUUAGAGAGGGACAAUCCAUAGUCUUUCAAUCAAAUAUAGGUCUUAAAGUAGUAUGGGACGGUCAUAGUUAUGUAGAAGUCACUGUUGCUAGUCGUUAUAGAACUAAAAUGGCGGGACUGUGUGGUAACUAUAACGGAAAUGCUGAUGAUGACAUGCGUGGAAGAGACCAGAAAGUUUACAAAAAUAGUGAAGAAUUCGGAGACACUUGGAGAGUUGGCAGUAGGGCUGCAUGUGCGAUUGUAGAUAAACAAGAGACCCAAUUGCCAUCUUGUGAUACGGAAAAACAUGCAUUGAAAAGAGCUAAGACUGAAUGUAGUACUAUUUUGGGAAGCAUGUUUACAAAGUGUCGACGCAGGGUAGACGUUGGACCUUAUUAUAGGUCAUGUAUUACGGAUAUGUGCGACUGUCCACAAGAUCAAGUAUGUGCAUGUGAAUCAUUCAAAGCUUAUGCACAUGCGUGUUCACGCUUUGGAAUUUCAACCAAGUGGGAUGAAGAAAUAAUUUGUCCACAUCAAUGUCCAGAAGGUGCACGUUUCAAAAAAUGUACAAAGAAAUGUGAACGAACCUGCGAUAAUUCAUACUCAAGGCGAAAAAUCUGUAGAGACACAUGUGCCCCAGAAUGCCUUUGUCCUAAGGGACAAGUUUUGUUAAACAAGAAGUGUGUAAUGAAAAGAGACUGUCCCACACGGUAAAAGAGGACCAAUCUAGUCUUUUAAGUCCGUCCUGCUCAAUAUGUUAUCCCUGUAGUGAUGUGCAAUGAAUUAUUUAAAUGUAUGGCCAGUAAUAAUAUUCCAUUGUCUAGUAAUGUAAAAACAUAUGAAUGUAGUGAACUGCAUUUACGUUGAUUAAUUGUAUUUUUAACAUAAUGCGCUUUCUUAAGUAACAAUUGUUAAAUGUACUGUUAGAUUUUUUCCUUUAAUUCAAAUUUGUUUAUUUGUUUAUAUUAACUACGUCUGUUCUACAGCUAUUAGUUAGAAUUAUUAAAAAAAAAAAUGACGACACAUUGCUGAAUUGGGAAAUAUUGUAAAAGGGUAAACAAAUAUUCUAUCUUAAACAUGUUAAAGUUAAGUAUUCGACUUUUUUGUCCAAAUGACCUUUUUGCCGUGUGUACGAUCACUGUGAGUUUUUACAUUAAAUGUAUUAACCGGUUAAAGAUUGAUCAUUGGAUAUUUGAUAUAUUCAGAUGAAAACAAACAUAGAAUGAGAUUAAAACUCUUUUCAGUGCACAUAUAUAUUGGAAAAAAUAGAAAUAGCCUUGUAGCUUUCAGUCCGUUUUCCUAUAGAAACACCAUUUGAAGUUGUUUCUAAAUAAGAUUGAGGCGAACUAAUCUUUGAGCCAUUCUAAUCAUAAAGUUUCCUCGUUAAACAUGCUGAUAAAUUUUAUUUAGGAUAAGUCCAGGAAUUAUUUACAAAUAUAAAUGAAAAAAAAGUUCAAUCAGAAAUAUACCUCAAGAUUAACAUAUCAUAAACAAAACAUUGUUUUCUAUAUCUAACAAAAUAGAAGUCUAACUAUUUCAUGUAAUUCUUAAGAUGUGGACUUACUAAUUUUCUUAACCUUUUUGAAAGGAAAUUCGAUUCAUAUGACUUGUCUCCUAUUCAUAUUUUUGUGUAUUCCAUUUAUGUCUGACUUAAUAUACUCCAUGAACAGUUUUGCCAAAGUUCUUUCUAAUCAUUUUGUUUAUGUUCAGGAUUGUACAUUGUAAUAUUUAACAUUAUUUAUUAUGUUAUUUGUAUUUUUUAUAAAAGAUCUGAUGGAAUGUUUA